CUGUAUCCCAUUGAUCCAGUACGCUAUCUGAAUAUCUUUCAGAGACUUCCUCCAGGGUCAUGAGUGCUGAGAGUAUACCUUUGGAAUGCCCAGUAUCGUGCUGCCAACGACGAUACUAUGGUGCACGAUCGAAAGAUUGUCUCCGUGAACACUUAUGGGAAUUCAGUAGCCGCUGUAAGCGGCAUUCAGAGAGCUACACACGCCUAUUUCCAGCUGCACGAAAAGAUGCCAAUGUAAGAUAUAUCUGCGAUAUCUGCUCUCGCCGAUUUGCCAGAUCAUUUGCGCACAAAAGACAUGUGCAAACGCACGAUCUGAAAAGGUACCCUUGCCCACAGUGUCAUAAAAAAUUCCGGCAGCAACGCAAUGUGGCUGAGCAUUUAUCAAAAAAUCGAUGUCGAGCGCGGGGACUGGAAUGCAUUGAAGAUGGGAUACUAUCAUCUUACUCUUUCAAAAUAACCCAACCCAUUCAAGAAAUCCAACGGGCCACUGCGACCGGAGGUCUUGAAGAUGGAUAUUCCAACGAGAACAUGGAGGACGUCACGCAUUCGUCGAAGACAUCCAACUCCUCAACAAUUCCGGAAAAUGGAUUCCUUGAACCAAGCGCUACACUGGAAAGGAUUGACUCUGUUGAAAGGUUCGACCUUUCAACACUCGUGGAGGCACAUGAAAAAAAUACGACAUCGGAGCCUGUGCCAAGUUUUGAUUUAUCAAGCCUUGUUCAAAGGCAAGUGUACGAUCCCAUUAUAGCUUCAAGUGUUGAGCUUGCAGUUAUGGAUGACAACAGCUUCUUUGCGACUCCGGCUCAACCCUUCGAUAUUUCAAACUUGGACCCUGCUCAUAGCGAUAUGCCGACAUCGAUCGCCUUUGACUUAGCAACCUUAGUAUACCCUUCUAGUGAACCUUUCCCGGCAGCUCAACCGCCUGCGAAGCAAUUUCCUUGCGACAACCCAUUUUUCGCGGGUACAUGUGAUGAACAUAUGGUCAAUCGAACGUGUGCAGAUCUCGGAAGUUCCUAAGUGUUGGUAUCGCAGUGCAUUGGGUUGGUCAUAAUUCGGCGAUGAAAAGCCCAUCCAGCCCAGGUCCAACUUCAAUUUCGUGUGUUAUAUAAAGUAUCCAACCCGGUUGUAAUUGCAGCCCUGACACGGUGGGAGAACCCGUUAUUAUGCGAAUGGGAAGAAGGUACGCUGGGCCGGCUGUGUUGUGAAACCGAGC